AUGCAUAGUAAUCCAGGUUAUUCCGACGAGCUUCCUGGUAGAACACACUCUCCUUUCAAUAAUAUAGUCCGAAGUGCUCAUCCUGGAGCAGUUCUUCUCUCCUCUCCAACUUCUAGUAUUAAGUUAUCAGGCAUGAAUUCUGGUUUAUCUGACGAAAUACCUACUUCACUUUCUAACAAUAGCAUUUUCCAAUCUCUUGAUAGCAAUGGUAGUAAUUUAUCACAUCAACAAUCGCACAAUAAUAAUGACAUUAAUAUUACCCAACCUUGCAACAACAAUACUAAUUCUCUUUCGUUCGAUCAUAACUUAAUCUCAUCGCCUUUAAUAUCAGGCACCAUACAGCAUUCACUUAUACAUUCGCCAAACCCAUUAAAUCUUCAGCAUUCAGCAUCGUCAUCUACAAUAUUUUUAGAUACUUUAUCAUCUAAUAGUAAUACCAAUCUUAAUAACUCUUCCAUAAAUCAUGGGAAUAACAUUAACACGAAUAUUAAUUCAAAUACCAACGUGUGUCUUCACCCACAUCAUCAUAACAACAACAACAACAACAACAACAACAACAACAACAACAAUAAUACAUGUAAUACUAAUGCAGGAAUACUUCUUCAUCAGAAUCUCGGUUCUACCAAAAACAAUAACAGCACUAAUAAUAAUAGUAAUAACAAUACUACUAAUAACCUUAAUAAUAUGCAAAAUAAUAUUCCAAAUAUGUUAGCAUCACCUACUCCUCAACAUCACAUGGUUAAUUUUACUCAAAAAUUAAAUCGAUUAUGUAGUUGGAUGUCGACUUUAACUUCAAUUGAACAAAAUAAUGUCAUUGAUACCUUAUUAACCACAUUAAAUGAUGACGUAUUGAAUUCUACAAAAUUGAAGAUUGAUAGUUUAAUAAAUAGUGGUUAUUUGACAAAUUCACCAAAUGUUCCACAUUCCAUUGGUGUAUCUGCAUCAAAUACAUAUGCUUAUCCUGCUUCACUAUUAGAUUCUGUAAUUAGUUAUGAUACAGAUUCUAAUAUGGUUUAUCCAUUACCUCCUUGGUCUCCACAACCUUCAAAUUCAAAUUUAAACAUAUAUUCUGACAUUAGACCUAGGUCAGUAGAUCCAAGAAUGGUAAGAGAUUCCACUUCACAAAGUUAUCAUAUGGCCUCAACUCAAAAUACUAUUACCAAUCAAAAUAAUAGUAAUAAUAAUUCAUCAAACAAUAAUAUAAAACCUUCAGGAUCAUCAUCUAAUCUCAUAACAUCAUCUACUUCUAUAACAUUAACAAAUGCCAAUAAUAUACAUUUAAAUGUACGAUCUCCACAACAACAAUUACAUCAAAUAACUCAACAAAGUAUAGUAUCAUCUUCACCUAAUUCAAACCUAAAUGCAGUGAUACCUAUCAGUAAUCCCAAAACAUCUAUCGCCACACCAACCACUGGUUCUAAUUCGAUGAAUCCUCAAGUUUUAACUGAUCCUAAAUUAUUAACAAAUAUACCAUUAUGGUUAAAGGCAUUAAGGUUACACAAAUAUUCAGAGGCUUUAAAGGGAAAAACAUGGGUGGAAUUGAUUUACUUGGAUGAAACAAUGCUAGAAACAUUAGGAGUGACUGCAUUAGGUGCAAGAAGAAAAUUAAUAAAGGCAUUUAGUAUUGUAAAAGGAUAUCAUGAAUGUGGGCAAAUUGAUAAAACUGCUUAUAUAACUUGA